GGGAGGAGGAGCCCAAGGCCCCGCCCCCGCGCAACCCUCUCCGGAGGGGUCACGUGCUGGGGGGGGGGCGGGCGGCAGGCGGUCACAUGACGGGGGCGCCGCUGGGCGGAGGGAGCCGGGACUCUGGGUUUCCGUGCGGGGCGCGUGCGGAGCGGCGGCGGGGCUGACCAUGAGUUUUCUUGGAGGUUUUUUCGGUCCCAUCUGCGAGAUUGAUGUUGUCCUUAGCGAUGGGGAGUCACGGAAGGUGGCGGAAAUGAAAACUGAAGAUGGCAAAGUAGAAAAGCAUCACCUCUUCUAUGAUGGCGAAUCUGUCUCGGGAAAGGUGAACCUAGCCUUUAAGCAACCUGGAAAGAGGCUAGAACACCAAGGAAUUAGAAUUGAAUUUGUAGGCCAAAUUGAACUCUUCAAUGACAAGAGUAAUACCCAUGAAUUUGUAAACCUAGUGAAAGAAUUGGCCUUACCUGGAGAAUUGACGCAAAGCAGAAGUUAUGACUUCGAAUUUAUGCAGGUUGAAAAGCCCUACGAAUCCUACAUUGGUGCCAAUGUCCGAUUGAGGUAUUUUCUUAAAGUGACAAUAGUAAGACGACUGUCAGACUUGGUAAAAGAGUAUGAUCUUAUCGUUCACCAGCUGGCCACCUAUCCCGACGUCAACAACUCCAUUAAGAUGGAGGUGGGCAUCGAAGACUGUUUGCACAUAGAGUUUGAAUAUAACAAAUCCAAGUAUCAUUUAAAGGAUGUGAUUGUUGGAAAAAUUUAUUUCUUAUUAGUGAGAAUAAAAAUUCAGCAUAUGGAAUUACAGCUGAUAAAGAAAGAGAUCACGGGAAUUGGCCCCAGCACUACGACAGAAACAGAGACCAUUGCCAAGUAUGAAAUCAUGGACGGGGCGCCAGUCAAAGGUGAAUCAAUUCCCAUAAGACUCUUUCUAGCGGGAUAUGACCCAACUCCAACGAUGAGAGAUGUGAACAAGAAAUUCUCAGUACGUUAUUUUUUGAACCUAGUCCUCGUGGAUGAGGAAGACAGACGGUACUUUAAGCAGCAGGAGAUCAUCUUAUGGAGAAAAGCUCCUGAGAAGCUGAGGAAGCCAAGGACGAACUUUCACCAGCGCUUUGAGCCUCCGGAGCCGCAGGCAUCUGCUGAGCAGCCGGAAAUGUGAAGGCAGAAGGAGAAAGGGGGUGGGGAAGGGGAGGCUCUCGGGCUCCAGUGGUCGAAGCCUUUGAAGGACAAGGCCUAAGGCCCCUCGCCUGGCCCCUCUCUCUGGCCACACUCACAUAUUUUGCGGCACUACUAACCAGUCUCAAAGAUGUACAUCCAGUUAAAAACAAAGUGCUUUCUCUGAAACACUGGAACUUUCUCAAGCUGCCGUCUCUCUCUUUUUUUUAACUUCAUACUUUGAUUUGAUCAUAUGCACUCAGAUAUGCAUAAGCUUAAACAUUAAAAAAUUCCAUUUGUGUAGGCUGGCAUUUUGUCAUGUUGUUUUCUUUCUCUAGGAUAUAGAUUAUAAAUCUUCCUGCCCCAUCUCCACAUCAUUGGUUCCCUCUCAUUCUCUGCAAAACAUGAGACUUGUGUGUUCAGAUGAGAGAGACUUUGAGUGGCCGUGAGGCUCUGUGGGCCGCCCAGCUUGGCAGCUGUCCUCUAUUCAGUUUUGUGGGUAUUUGAGGGAUUCAGGCCUUUCCAGUUCUAUGGCAUUCUACCUUGAGAACUCCCUUACAACCUUUCACAUUAAAGAACUCUGUAACAGGAGGGGGUGAUUGCCAUCUUAUUCCCAGAAUUUUUUUUUUUUUUUUUUGCCAUUAGUCCGUUUAAGUCUUGCAUUGGCACCACAGUAGUUUUUCUGCAGUGUGUUCUGUUUGUGUUUUAAAAUUUCUAAUUUUCAUAUAAGAUUUUUCCCCCAUAGAUACUUUAAGGAAUUUUAUUUUUAAGUUUAAGGGAAAAUUCGGCUAUGUGUAGAGAAAACACUAAUUCUUAAAUUCACAAACUUCUUGAUUGUUGGGGUGGGUGGACUUUGUAUCAUCUCCAGUCUGUAUCUGGUUAAACAUACUUAUGUUAAGCUGCAGCUUUGGCCAGUCAAAACUCAGAAUUUACAAGCUAACUAACCUCUCUCGGAAACACAUACAAUAUCUUUGUCUUAAUUUUGUUUAACAUUGAAUUGGUUCAGAGACUCUCUAAGGUUGUGCAGCUGUGAACUGGGUUUGGUUUUGGAUGCAUCCAUGAUGUAUCCACAUGGCAGAGGCUCCGGUCUUGUCUGAGCCACAGAAGCCACCUGCACUUAAGGUUCGUGAACCAACUGAGACUCUUGACAAACGUCAGUGCUGUAGCCUUGUCAGUGGACCGAACUCAGUCCCUGCUCCUGCUGUCUGAGAACUGCUUUCCUCUGGUGGCACUUUGGUCACCUCCUCGUCCUGCAGAAAAUGCUCUCUGGGGUCGUAUGCUCUGGGAACAUCUCUCUUCAGUGUGGACGUCUGGGGGUGGAAACAGAUGGAUUUUUUUUCCUCAUGUAAGUGCCUGUUCAGAAAUUAAAAAAAAAAAAUUUAAAAUGCCAAAUAUUUUCACGGUCACUUGCAUGUAGUAAUCUAGAAACUGUUUCAAAAGAUUUUGAAGACUGAUUGUAUUUAACCAGCCUCAAAUUGUGCAACCAUGUAUAAUAAAGAAUUUGAAACUGAUCCUGAGCUGCUAUUUGAAUGAUUAAAAAUAGCUGUAUUCUCAA